GGCAACCACGUGGGUCGAAUAAGAGGGUCGAAUUUAGUUAUUGUGACAGAGAAAGAUUUGAGGGUAUUUUUAUUUUUGGAUAGGGGUAUUGUUUUGUGAAGGUGUGCUAUUGCUUUAGAUGGGGGAUGGGCUUGCGAAACUUUAACCACUUCAAUGACUUGCUGCCGAGAGCUUGAUUUAUGUUGCAUCAAUGCGUCCGUCUAUAUUUUCCAACUUUUUAGCCAUGCAUAACAUCGCUUGCAAUGUUAGCACGUGUUUCUGGACUAUUUGGGGAUUAGAACUGGACGAGAGUAUAAUGUGCAUUGCUUUUUAGACGUCAAGUGGUUAAUGGUGUCUUGUCUCGCGAAUCGGUCUGACUCGCCCCCCGGUUGCUGCAUUUGUCCCAAGAUGACCUGUUGAUGUCGGGAAAAGAUGGAGCCGAGUCCCCCUUCCUCCUCCUCCAAAAUGGAGUAGAAUUUAACCACAGAAUAUUUUAUGUGAAAUCCAAUGAUUGCGCCGCGUGCAUACAAAUAUGACUACUACUUAAUUUGCAUGCGAUUUGCAAGUAUGCUGCGGGAGAGUGAUAAUAAUAAUGCAUGCAUAUGGAUGUUGCUGGGCGAAUCCAAACGUUUUCGGUAUAACGGUUAGAUUAGAUGUCAUGGUAUGUGCAGUGCUGUAACUCAGCCCGACAUUGCAUAGCAUUACACUGGCACCGAGGGGGCGAGGGAAACGGAUGUGGGCUCCUCAAUAAUUCAUCUAUCAGACUAUUUUGGUGACAGGAUUUUUGAGGGCUGAGCAGCUUUUACCUCUUUGGUCGCCGCAUCAAGUGUGGAAACCAGGCAAUUGGGGAAUUAUUUCUUAUUUUGUUUUUUUUUUGCCCCCUGGGGCCCGUGCCAGCCCGGAGCUCGUGUCCAGCUGGGCAGCGGUGCGGGGCACACACACUCACCGGGUACCGCAGCCCCGCCGCGGCCGCCACAUCACAGAAACACCGGCGCCCGACUCUCAACAACUCUGUAGUGCUGGGCUUUACGACAUGGCUCAGAUGCUGCAGAUGGCGAUUCCCAACUUUGGCAACAAUGUCCUGGAGUGUCUUAAUGAGCAGAGACUUCAGGGACUGUACUGUGAUGUGUCAGUGGUGGUGAAGGGUCACACAUUUAAAGCCCACCGGGCAGUGCUGGCUGCCAGCAGCUCCUAUUUUCGAGAUAUGUUCAACUCUGGAAGUAAGAGCUCCGUCGUGGAGUUACCACCAGCAGUCCAGCCUCAGAGCUUCCAGCAGAUCCUUUCCUUCUGUUACACAGGCCGACUUUGCAUGAACUUGGGUGAUCAGUUUCUGUUAAUGUACACGGCAGGAUUCCUACAGAUUCAGCAGAUUAUGGAAAAAGGCACAGAGUUCUUCCUAAAGGUCAGCUCACCAAGUUGUGAUUCACAGGGCCUUCACACAGAAGAAACACCAACCUCAGAACCCCAGAGCCCUGUUGCUCAAACUGGAAGUGGCACUGUAGGUGCAGUCCCCACAGCAACAGCUCGACCUGCUUCCUGCCUAACACCCCUUCCAUUGGUGUCAAGGGUGAAGACAGAGCAGCAACCUCAGGCCCAGCAGCCCCAACAAGAAGCAUCAUCAUAUUCAGUGGUUUGCACUCCAGUUGCUAAGCGUCUUUGGGAGGGAGGUAGCCGUGAAGGAGGUGGAGGAUCAGGAGGAGGGGGAGGUAUGAGGAAAGCACCCCGCUAUUCACAGGACGUGUCAAGGUGCACAGGAGGGGCACAGCCUCAAAGUGCAGCCUUAUUGGGUGGAAGCGGUACCAGUAAUAGCAACAGCAACAACAAUAACAACAACAGCAGUAACACACCGGAAGGCACCAGCCCAGGCACACCCAGCAUGUACACCAGUGAUUCGCCAAUCUCUUACCAUGACGAUGAUGAAGAAGAGGAAAUCACAGAUGAAACCACGGAAGAACAGUACAGACAAAUCUGUAAUAUGUACACUAUGUACAGCAUGUUAAACGUAGGGGCAACGGCCAGCGAACGAGUGGAAUCACUUCCAGACCACCUCACAGUUGAAUCAAGGGGAAGAGGAGUUCGAGUGAGGCAAGAUCUGGCCUCUCUUCCCACUGAGCUUAUUGCACAGAUCGGAAACCGCUGUCAUCCUAAACUCUAUGAAGAAGGUGACCCUGCUGAGAAACUGGAGCUAGUAACAAGCACCAGUGUUUUUAUUUCACGUGCUCAGCUGAUGAACUGCCACGUUAGUGCGGGCACACGCCACAAAGUGUUGCUCAGGCGGCUCCUUGCUGCCUUUUUUGACCGAAGCACCCUUGCAAACAGCUGUGGGACAGGCAUUCGGUCCUCCACAAAUGACCCCAACCGCAAGCCACUGGACAGUCGGGUUCUCCAUGCUGUUAAGUUUUACUGCCAGAACUUUGCUCCUAGUUUCAAAGAGAGUGAAAUGAAUGCGAUCGCUGCAGACAUGUGCACUAAUGCGCGGCGCGUGGUACGCAAGAGCUGGAUUCCGAAACUGAAGCUUCUGAUGGCAGAAAGUGAUGCUUAUGCCAACUUUCUUCCGGACGCUGCCAAAAUGGAGUCUGAUGGCUUGGCUGUGGAGCAUGCUUUUGACACAGGAUCCCUUGAAGGUGGUACAGCCUCAGAAUCAGGCCAGUCAUCUACAGAUGCCCUGCAAGGUGUGAGCGGGGAUGGUAACAGCUUGUUUUAGUGAGUAACACUACCGUGCUUCAGCUAUUCUUUCCUCUUCCACUCCUCCAUCAUAUCCCAGUCUCACCUUGGCGUUGAUGUCAUCUGGGAAUAUUGAAGUGUAUCUUUAUGAAGACUCUUGUUGAAUCCCACUUCAGAAGCUGGUCAUUUUUAUUUCCUUGUAGAUUUUUUUUUUUUGAUUGUACCUUGGAGGCCCUCCUUGUCACACUGCAGAAACACAUUCCUGAAAAGGAGGGACCUCUGGGGCCAUUUGUUGUGAGCUGAAGGGGAAAUGGUGUCUGGAAGCUCUUAUCCAGUCUGAAAACACUGUCAUGAUUCUGAAUGUAUCUUUUUGGAGAAUCCAGAAAUUAAUGUUGCGGGAAAUAAGAUUAUAAUCAUCUGUUAAUAUUUAGUGGCUGUAUAUCUGCUUUCUGGACCCCAUUUCCUCUUUCUGCACAAACACCUUACAAUUUUUGUUCUUUUAAAUUACUUAUAUAUACAAACAACAUUUGUAAAAAAAAAAAAAUUGCCAACUUUUCCACUUUUUUGUUUUGCCAAAUAUCCCAAGAGAGGCAGUGUAUCAUUUAUGAUUUUAAUGAAUUAGUAAGAGGCAGAUUAAUCUGUUCUGCUAUAUCUGAAACUGCUGUUGUGUUUUGAUAGAGAGAGUCUGUGCAAGACCUGUGCACCUUUUGAAUCAAUGAAUAGUGAAUUGUUUCCCACUUUUUUGCAUUUGCAAAAUCCAAAAUCUAUUUUAAUCAUUUUAUUUUGGUAUAUUACCAAGGCUUAAUAUUGUUACCUUAGAUUAAUUUAAUCAAAUCGCCACCAAAUAUCUCCAAAGGACCCCCCAAAACACUCCCACAAACUUAAAAAUCAUUUAAAUGUAUCUUUGUUCUUAGUAGUUUUGUAUAGACAACACAUAAGUAGGGGUCUGUGUGCUGUGUAAAUGUGUGUAUGGAGGCUGCAGAUGGUAGUUUUUGAAGUACGGUAUCUCACAGAUGACUGCUUCAUGCACCGAUCGCACAAGCGUGGUGCAUGCUGCCGCAUGGCACAUUCUGACGUGCUAUGCCUCAGCGCCUCUGACAGAGAUGCACUAAACGCUCUGAUGAGUGCAGUAUUAGAGAUUGGCACUGAACGGGCAUCAGUGCCCCAGCUACAGUGGUUCCAAACCACUAAAGACCACUCUGAGUGGAAGCUGUUUUGUAGUCUGUUUUGUAUGUGGAUUUGAAAAGUCCAUUUUUCUCUUGAUAGGUUUGAGUUUCAGAGAGAAAUUCUUGAAGUCUGUAAUGCCAAUGAAGAGCUGUUGUAACCCUAGGUUUAGAGCUGAAAGAAAGUGACCAUGUCAUUUAAAUUGUAGUUGCACUCUAAAAAUAUUUAAAGAUGUGUUAAAAUUAGAUUCCCAAAGUUUCAAGCACACUUAUGUCAUGAAAUGCGGACUAUAUUGUUUGAUAUUAUUGAUUAUGGCUGAAGAAAGGCUUUGAUUGGACAAGAUCACCCCAAUCCAAAAGCAUGUUAUUUGUGGGUUUUAAACGUUUACAUUUUAUUUUUCCAUUUCUGACCUCUUCAUUUAAAAUGAUAGUUCACCCAAAAAUUACAAUUGUCAUCCUCUACUCCCCCAUCCAUGCCAUUCCAAAUCUGUUAGACUUUCUUUAUUUUGUGAACCACAAAAGAAGAUAUUUCGAAGAGUGUUGGUAACCAAACCAAUCUGGUGACCACUGACUUCUAUUGUUUGGACUUAAAAAAGAAAAAGAAAAGAUUUUGCUUAAAAUACAUAAUACAGUUUCAAAAUUGUGUUGUAAUUCGAAAAUCAUAAAAUAAUCGCUACAAAACAGUUUUGGGUGAUCAGUUGGUUUAAAAUAAAAAUUUUAAACCAUUUUACUUAAAAGAUUGAUGAAAAUAAAGUUUGUCAAUACACUGCACUGGGCCAGGGGACAAAAGAAUUUUACCUCUCAGCCACGUGGUACAAUCCUAAGAGACUGCACCAAGUCUUAAUCAUAGCACGAUAGGAUGAGAAUGAGAUAUUUGCACAGAAAUCUGAACUGGAUUGUUCAGCACUGCCUUAAAUAGUGGAAGUUCGUGCCUGGGAGUCUUACACAGCCAGUCUGCGACAGAGAAGUGAAGAAAUUGUGGGAAGGGGAGGGCAUGGAAUGCCUGAAUGAUCCUGUAUGCAUGCGUGCGUGCUGGUGUGCUCCCUACUUUUCCUCAGUGUUUGAGCCUCUUUUUUUCAUUUCCAUUUUUGGAGACACACGUGCUAAUGCCUGUGCAUUCAUGUGAGGAGGCUGACAGGAAAGCGAGAGCGUGCACCAGAGGCAUGCUUUUUAUGCGUGUGCAUUUGUUUAUGUGUACGUGUUCAAAUGUAAGGGUUUUUUUUUUUUGCCAAAUGCACGUGUGAGAGAGGGUGGUGUUGGUGGAUGACUCUGGAAUAUGUGCAGUGUGUGUGUGUUG